AUGACUUGUGCCUCAUGUGUGCAGUACAUCGAACGGAAUAUCGCUAAAUUGAAAGGUACGCGACAGGGUUUACUCGCUGGAGUCCAAUCCAUAGUAGUGGCCUUGAUAGCUGGCAAAGCAGAGGUAAACUACAAUCCGACGUUGACUAGUGUUGAAAAGCUGAUCGCUGAAAUGGAAGCGCUUGGUUAUCAAGCUUCUCUGAUUGAUUCGGCUACGUCCGCUUUCAACAAGAUCCACUUGGUGAUAGGUGGUUUGAAUAGUGAAGGCGAUGCCAAUCGCAUCGAGUCGCAUGCUAUCUCAAAAAAUGGAGUCGAGAGCUGUCAUGUUUCACUUGCGACAUCAAUUGCAACUGUCGAAUUCAGUCCUUCAGUUGUUGGUCCGCGUGAUCUGAUCAGCUUAAUAGAGGGUCUGGGAUACACUGCAGAGCUAGCAAGCAAGGAUGAUCGCAUGAAGCGACUGGAUCAUACGGAAGAAGUUCGAAAGUGUGGUGGUUUACACAGCUUUGCUAUAUUUUCAACCCCUUUGGCAACUUUUUGCUUUUCAGAUGGAGGACUACCUUUCUCGUCAGCCUUUUAUUUGGUGUACCCGUGA